GCUCACAUUUCCAUCCAGGCCAACGGGACCAUGUCCACCAGCCUGACCACUUGUGAGUGGAAAAAAGUCUUCUAUGAGAAGAUGGAGGUGGCAAAGCCAGCUGACAGCUGGGAACUCAUCAUAGACCCCAACCUCAAGCCCAAUGAACUGGGCCCGGGCUGGAAGCAGUACCUGGAGCAGCAUGCCUCAGGCAGGUUCCACUGUUCCUGGUGCUGGCACACCUGGCAGUCCGCUAAUGUGGUCAUCCUCUUCCACAUGCACCUCGACCGUGCCCAGCGUGUUGGUUCGGUGCGCAUGCGCGUGUUCAAGCAGCUGUGCUACCAGUGCGGCACCUCACGGCUGGACGAGUCCAGCAUGCUGGAGGAGAACAUCGAGGGCCUGGUGGACAACCUCAUCACCAGCCUGCGCGAGCAGUGCUACGACGAAGACGGUGGCCAGUACCGCAUCCACGUGGCCAGCCGGCCGGACAGCGGGCUGCACCGGGGCGAGUUCUGCGAGGCCUGCCAGGAAGGCAUCGUGCACUGGAAGCCCAGCGAGAAGCUGCUGGAGGAGGACGCCGCCUACACCGAGGCCUCCAAGAGGAAAGCCCAGGCCGGGUUUAUCUACAGCUUCUUCUCAUUUCGCUGGUGUCUGUUUUGGGGUGCCCUCUGCCUGGUUAUUGUCUAUCUGCAGUUCUUCCGAGGCCGCUCUGCCUUCCUUUAGGGGAAUCGGUUAGGGGUGGGGAGAGGGGACAUGGGGUUGAGAGUGAGAAGGACUCUGGUCUCCUGAUUCUGCCACAAGUUUAAUCUACGACUCCAGUCAUCUGCACCCUGCUCACUCAUCUACCAAACGAGGAGUCUGCACUAGGAGAUGCCCAGUGGUCUCUCUACUAAUUCGGCAGCAAUGAAGGGGAGGGAGGAGGGAUGGGAAUUUGGGGAGCUUGCUGGGCUUUGGUGUGAGUCCCAAGUCUACCGCGCUGUCUGGUCGGCUUCAUUUCUCGCUCUGCCUCCACCUCCUCCAGCCCUCCGUUUGCUGUAUGUUCGUAGCCUUAGGUCUCACCUUGACCCUGUCACAUCCUCGUGCUCAUUUUCAGCUCCCUCUAAUUGUCCUGCAUGGCUCCCCUUGGAGACAGCAGGGCCACCCCCUGCCUUCCAUCCAGUGCGCAGGGACAGUCACCUAGUCCUCCUGGGGAUCCAGCUUCUACCAUUCUGAAAGGCUCAGGAUCUCACUCUGAUG